AUGCCAUCGCCCUCUCCAUACCCACGCAUCUACGCCUCGGCCAUUGACGGCCGCGCCGUGAACACGCGGUAUAAGCAGGCUCAACUCCAGCGGCUGCAAACGGCUCUGCUCCAGCACAUCCAGCGCGUAAAAGCCGCAAUACAAACCGAUACGAGCCAUGACGCUGGCGAGAUCCAGGCGGAGAUCGUUCUCGCACUUACGGAACUCCGCAAGCAUUAUUUCUCUUUAAGUCUCGAACAGGACCUGGAAAAUGAGUAUCUCGUCGCAAAAGGGAAAGAUAACCCUAAUGCGACAAGACCGGCGGGCUCGGGGAUAGUGUACAUCGUGCCGAGCACGCAUACUAUGUUCUUUGGGAUCAUCUCGGCUCUCUCUGCGGCAAUCGUGGGCGGUUGCUGUGUUAUCCUUGAAGGCUUGCAACAGUUGACGAAGAAUACAAUGGCCCUUCCGCCUCUCCUGCGACAGAUCCUCUCAGACGCUCUCGACGCAGACACAUUCGCGGUCGCAGAAGAAAGACCGAGCUCCUCAUUCCUGGAAGGAGUGCUAGUAGUUGCGCAGACAGACAUUCCGUCUCUGCCACAAUCAUUGCAGUCCCCUGUCAACGCCAAAACGGUAGCCGUCGUCGACCGCACAGCUGAUCUCAGAUUGGCCGCCGAGUCUCUCGUGACCGCACGGUUCGCAAUUGGCGGACGGUCCACAUACGCUCCUGAUAUUGUUCUCGUGCAGGAAUUCGCGCUAAAGGCAUUCGUCGAGGCUCUCAUCCACCAUUCGUCAAAGUACCUCGCCGGACCCGAUGGAGAGUCAAGAGAGAAAGCUGUUGGCGCGUCCAACCCGCGUCGACCAGGACCGGGCUCAUCAGUGCUAGACGCUGCGUAUAAAGAUCCCAGCACCCGGGUCCUGGUUGCGGGCUCUGGAUGGGGCGUUGUGGAGGUCCAUGACCGGCAGUCGGCCUUGUUGCAGAGGAAAGAGAAGAUAGCCGAGAAAGUGCUAAUUCUGCAUCCUGUUAGCAGUCUGGAUGAUGCUAUUGACUUUUGCGCUGGAUUCGAAGCUCUAGCAGCAACUUACGCCUUUGCUGACCCUCCAUCCGCCAAGUACCUGACCCAAUUUAUCGAGGCCCAUAUCUCAUUAAUCAACCACCUCCCUGUCGACCUUCUAAUCGGCCCUGCGUAUCCGAUCACCACUCAACUCCCUGCCGACAGGUCCACUCGGUACAAUGCGGCCAGCUUUCUCGUCCCGCAUCCGCAAUUCGUGACUGAAAGCGCCAGUUCGACUCUCCUCCGGAGUGUAUUAGACAAACCAACCUCGGCAGAGGCAGUCAAGGUAUGGGAUGACGCGCUCAAACCGUUACCACCCACGGGACAGAGAUCCGGCAAGAGGAUCGGGUUCUUCGAGCAGGGCAUUCUCACGGGCGUGGGGAUCACGCUGUUUUCUGUGAUUGGGGUCGUGGGGGCCGUCGGGUAUUAUUCAGUCUGGUUUUUGAGGCGCCUUUGA